AGUAUGCAGCGGGCCAACCCGACCCCAACCCCACAGCUCAUCUCGCUCUGUAAAUUACUGUCACAUACGUAACGCGUGGAGAAAAUCAAAAAAGAAGAGCCAUUAUCCCUGCGCCUUUUCCGCCAUAACCUUUUCCCCUAUUUCUGCAGCUGUGAAUUUGGUCAGGUUCUUCUUCCUGUACUUUCUGUUGUUUUGAGGAUUUGGAAGCUGAAGAGUGCGGAGAUGGCGUGGAUGGAAACUAGGGCACUCAAGUCCAGUUUUCUCUCGGAAUUAGCCGCGAUUUCGGACGAACAGGUUUUGUUGGUGGAUGAUUUGGGGGGUUUCGAUGGAGUCGCUUGCGGUUCGUCCGACGAUUGUUGGGUGGAUGGGUUUCUUGACCUCUCUAACAAAGAUUUUGAGGAGGGUUUUGUUGAAGAAGAAGAAGAAGAAUCGGAAGAAGACGAAGAUGAAGAUGAAGAAAAGGGCUCUGCUUCCUUGUCCUCUCAGUUCCGGGUUGAUUAUGACGAGAAUUCUAAUUCCGGCACCGGCGACUCCGGCUCUUUCCACGGCCUUCCGGUUGGUGAUUUCGAGGACCUUGAAUGGUUGUCUCAAUUUGUGGACGAUUCUGGAUCAGAGUUAUCGCUUCUGUGCCCCGUCGGUGAUUUCAAAGACCCAGCGAAGGGCAAUUCGGUAAACCGGCCUGAACCGGAAAGUCGACCGACGGUUCAUGGAACUCCUUUACUAUGCGUACCGUCUCCGAACCCGGCCAAACCGAGAACCAAACGGUCCAGACCCGCUGGAAGCGGUUGGACCAGCGACUCGUCUUCAACUAUGUCCUCUCCGAGCCGGUCUUCUUCAACAUCUAUCUCCUCAAUCUCGAACCCGGUUCAGGCCACCGAGCCGGCCGCCACCGACUUAGAUUUAAAACCGCCGGCGAAGAGGCAGAAGAAGAGACCGUCGGGUGAAACCGGUGGCGACGCGGGGCAGCGGCGGUGUACCCAUUGCCAGGUCCAGAAGACUCCGCAGUGGCGGCGCGGUCCGCUUGGACCGAAGACUCUCUGUAACGCUUGCGGUGUUCGAUAUAAAUCCGGCCGGCUGCUCCCGGAGUACAGACCGGCGUGUAGUCCGACAUUCUCCGGCGAGGUUCACUCGAACAGUCAUCGGAAAGUGUUGGAAAUGCGGCGGGGGAAGGAGGUCCACGAGGCCGAUUCCGGUUUGUCUCGAUUGAUUCCUAGUUUUUAAUGGUUAGAUCAGGUUGGUCAGUGUUAAUUUAUAUAUUUAGAUAGUGGGUCAAGUUUUUGAGGGAGGGGUGUCUCCGUCUCGUCUUCCCCCCCCUUUAUGCUUUUGCUAGCUCUCUCUCUCUCUCUCUUUAGGUUGUUGUUAUUCAUUUGUUCUGUAAUUCUGUAGUUUAGUACUUUGUUUGUUUAUUUAAUAUAGAAAUCUAGUUUUUAAGUC